AAUUUAUUUAACUAUAAGAUAUUUUUGUCAUUAUAAUAUUGUGCGUGUUAAGUGAAAAUUAAUAUGAAAGUAAAUGAAUUUAAUUGAAGGAAUAUUGCUUUUUAACAAAAGAAUAGGGCAAAUAGCUUGAAAAUUGUGUGAUCAUUAUUCGAUCAAGUUAAGAUUUAUGAUAAAUAUUAAUCGAGCGUAAUAGAAACAUUUAACGAUGAUAACAUUCAACUUUUUUGUUCUUGGAUGUAUAAAAACAUCCAAGAGGCAUGAAAUGAUGUAAAUGCUGUGAUUUAUUUUAAAAUUAAUCAUAGUUUAUAGUGGAACACAGCGAUGGAAAACGCUGAAUAUCGUCGCGACGUCAGGAAAGACGAGUUGUGAUAAAAAAAAAUUCUUUAAGAAAUUUUAACGAUGUGUAUGUAUGAUUGUUUGUCUAGAACAAUUGAUCAUUUGUUGUUUUAACUUUUGGAUUAUUAUUGUAAGAACACUUCAACGAGGUCCAAUCUUUUCAAAUUUUUCACUAGUAAGGAAUAUAACGAUAGUCAAAAUCUUUUCGCUGUGCAGUGUAUACUUCCAUAAAUUAAUUUCAUAUUUGAAAAUUUUUUGAAACUUUAUCGAUAUAAAAUAUUGAUAUAGGUAUAUCAAAUAUUUAUAUUUAUUAAAAUAUGAAAAAAUUCAAAUCAUGAAAGAAAAAAAUCCUCUCAUUGUAUAAUAUGUAUAAUAUAUCUUUAUAAAUUAAUUUUUUAUAUUUUAACAGUGAUAAAAGAUGGACCUAAUAAUAUAUUCAAAGAAUCAAAUAAAGUAUCUCAUAAAUGGAUCAAAAGUUAAGACAACCAAAGAAUUAUAUCACGCCAAUCUCGUCAUCUCCAAAACGUGAAUCCUAUGACGAAAAUAUUAGAGAUGCGUUAAUUACUUGAAAAUUUUAAUAAUUUUGUUACUUUGAUCUGUCUUGUUGGCGAUGCAGACUGUAAUAUAGAAUUACGACUUACGUCUUACGAUUAAGGACGAAUAAACUAUAAUCCGAGUUUCAUUAUUGGCAACGAUAUUAAGCGUAGAGGUAGUGAUGUUCAAACCAUUGAAAGAAAUGUGAAAAGAUAAAAAAAAUAAUGAAAAAUAAUGUGUGUGUGUGUAUGUGUGUGUGAGAGAGAGAGAGAGAGAACAAUGUCAAAAUAAUUGUGACUAAGAAAAGUUAACCCAUAUUAUAAACUCGUAAAUGACUUUCUGUCUAAAUAUUAGCAAACCUAUUCAUUCUAACCGCUAGAGGAAUGUGUUAAGCGAUCGAAAUGUAUAGAAAUGAGAAACGAUUAUGAACCAUUGUACAUCUCUUAAAUCCUACAAGUGCCAAGUUGGUGAGAAAAGUCCUUACAAAGGCUCGUGUUAUUAAGUAUCAAAUUCCAACUCGAAAGAAAGAAAGAAAAAAGUAUAUUUCGCGGUGAUUUUAACUCUAUCAGUUUUUCAACAUUGUAAAAGCAAGUCUAAUUAAGCUCGAUCUAGUCUAUUUUAUUAUCAGAUAAAGGAAUAAAGUCGACAUACAUAAUUUUAAAUUGGAUCAAAUUCGUCAAAAAACGAAUUUGUCUAUUUCUUCAAAAAAGUAAGAAGUAAGAAGAAAAAAUAAUAAUAAUAAAGAAAGAUAAAACUGAUAGAGUUAACGCAGCAAGAUGGAACUUAAUGAUGACGAACGUUCUUUUAUUAGUACAGUUAUUAUGUAUAAUGUGAACUACAAUAAUACCGGUAUUAUUGAGCUUAAAUUCACUUUUAAUUCGAACACCAGCUUAAGGAGCGAAGUCCUAUAAUGAAUUUGAACGGAGAAACAAUAAAAUAUUUAAAACAAAGAAACGUAAGCAGUGUAAUGAAAAUAAACUAAUGCGACAGUAAAAAAAAAAAAAAAUUAAAAAAAAGACAAAACAAAAAAUGAUAAAAAUAUUGUAACGUUGUUAUCUUAUUUUCUUCAGUUACUUCCGAAGACUUACCUCUCCACUCCUGUCAUCUUUCCUUUCUCAUCGAGAUCCUGUGGGAUUAUGGGAACUUCGGCUGCCAUUCACAGAAUCACGGAAAGUGGUGAAAUUUUGUCGCGAAUCACGCCGGAAGAAUGUUGCUGGUUCGCCACUCAAUCCAGAUGCGGAGUAUCUAGAAUUUCGGACAAUGUUGUGGAAAACGACGUUGAAAAUUCAUCAGGUCAAUUUAAAAUCAUCCCUUUCACAGAGACACCCUAUGUAAAAUAUUACGAAUUUAAUAAUUGUACGGCUUAUUUGGAUUGCUCUCAUCACGCAAGAGAUAAAGAAUGGUACUGUCAAAGUAACACGAUGAACACUCAUCCGUCGAAAGUGCAUCGUCAACGAGAGAAUUACGAAUCUUUCAUGAGCGAAAGAGGUGAUGGAAGUUACAUAAUAAUCGGUACACCAAGUAAUGGAAAUCGAAGUAACAAUGGUAGAACUGGGGAUGAUGAUUUUGAUAAUGAUACUCGUAAACAAACAGCUGUCAAAAUGGAGAACAAUGAUUCUCCGAAGCAUACGAGUUUCUCUUCUGGAAAGAAAGAUGGAAACGUUUGAUAAUAUCAUUUCAAUGGUCUUAUAAUGUUUUAUAAAAAAA